CUCUCAGGGGAAAAAUAAUAACGUAGCUUAAUAGCUUUCUAGCGUUGUUCUCUCAAAAGGCAAAAAUGUUUACUAACGCGUCCUUCUUCAAAAUUAUCUUUUUCUUCUUCUUUCGCAUCCUCUUUAGACAAUUUCAUAAUCCAAAAGCUCUCCAUAGGAGUUUUAGCAGUCUCUACUCAUCUCAGAGCAAAUAUCAAAGGUAUCCUUCUCUUGCUCAUAGGUCUGACCUAUCAAACAAACCUUUGAUUUUUAACGUGGAAGGUACUCUCUUGAAAUCCUCUUCUUUGUUUCCUUACUUUAUGCUUGUGGCCUUUGAGGCUGGAAGCAUUUUAAGGGCUUUUUUUCUCUUUCUUUUGUACCCAUUUAUUUGUUUGGUCGGUGGCGAUAUGGGCUUGAAGAUAAUGGUCAUGGUCUGCUUCUUUGGAAUCAAGAAAGAAAGCUUUAGAGUUGGAAGAGCUGUUUUGCCCAAGUUCUUCUUGGAGGAUGUUGGGUUAGAGGCAUUUGAAGUGUUGAAAAGAGGUGGGACAAAGGUGGCAGUAAGCGACUUCCCUCAAGUAAUGAUUGAGAGUUUCCUAAGAGAUUAUUUAGAGAUUGACUGUGUUGUUGGAAGAGAGCUGAAAUCGGUUUGUGGGUAUUUUGUGGGACUCAUGGAACAGAAAAAGAAAGACAUCCUACCUCUAGAGAAGAUACUUGGAGUUGGAGAGGAGAAGACGAUUAAUCAAGAUGUUAUUGGCAUUAGUUGCUUUAACAGAUCUAUUGAUCACCACCUAUUCUCUCAUUGCAAGGAGAUUUACCUGGUCAGAAAAGCAGACAAGAGGAGCUGGCAAUAUCUACCCAGAGACAAGUGCCCCAACCCACUUAUCUUCCACGAUGGUCGACUGGCUCUAAGACCAACCCCACUAGCUACCUUGGCAUUGUUCAUGUGGCUUCCUUUCAGUUUUAUCCUUGUCCCAAUCAGACUAGUUGCUGCCUUAACUCUCCCCUACAGUAUAUCCAUCCCCUUGUUAACUUUCAGUGGAUUUCGUUGCACAAUAUCAAAACCCAAAACUUCUGGUUAUUCCCCUCCAACCCCAAAGGAGAAUAAGCCCAAAAAAGGCCUCCUUUAUGUUUGUAACCACAGAACAUUACUAGAUCCUCUGUACCUUUCUUUCUCGUUGAAGAAAGAUUUAACUGCAGUCACAUACAGUCUCAGCAGGAUGUCGGAGAUAUUAUCGCCAAUCAGAACCGUCCGAUUAACACGUAACCGUGAUGAAGAUGGGAAGAUGAUGGAGAAGCUAUUAAGUCAAGGUGAUCUUGUGGUAUGCCCAGAAGGGACAACAUGCAGGGAGCCAUACCUGUUGAGGUUUAGCCCUUUAUUUUCAGAGAUGAGUGAUGAAAUAGUUCCUGUUGCUUUGGACGCCCACGUGAGCAUGUUUUAUGGCACAACAGCAGGUGGGCUAAAGUGCCUAGACCCACUAUUCUUUCUCAUGAACCCUCUGCCCAGUUACACCAUCCAGUUACUUGAGGGUGUGCCUGGGCUCUCUAAGAGUAAUAAUUGUGAGAAAUCAAAGUUUGAUGUUGCCAAUUAUGUGCAACGUGAGAUUGGCAAAGUGCUGGGCUUCGAGUGUACCAAGCUUACUAGAAGAGACAAAUACGAGAUCUUGGCGGGGAAUGAUGGCUUAACUUCUUCUUCUCCUUCUUGUCCCGCUAUCAAGCACUCCUAAAUCCCACGUCCAAAAUGUGCCCUACAUGCGGAGACAAGAACUUCGCAAGUAUGCUGCUUGCUUACUUUUCUUCAAUUUGGUGAUGCGCGCAGAUGGCACAUGGCAUUUUUUUUUUAGUUUUAUUUUUUAUCAAUAUAUAUAGUUUUUAGAUUAUUAAGCUAUAAGCUCUCUCUCUCUCUCUGUAUAUAUAUUUUAUUCGUUCUUCUGCUUCUCUGAGUGUUGACGACAAGAUGUACCUACGAGUGUUCCAUAUAUAUAUAAAAUUAGAGAAAUUAUUAUGUGCAUGUA